AUGGCGGCAAAAGUCUUUCUUCGGCGUUUAAAUGAUAUGUCAACGUUCAAUUUACUUCAAGAUAAACUUUCUCGUCUAAAUGAUACCUAUUUGUCGAAUUCGUGUGAUACAAAUGUAUCGCGAUGUAUCGAUGUCAUUGAAUUAAAUGCACGUGUACAAAGAGAACUAUUCAAACUUCUCAAUUUAGUUUCAGCUGAAGGCGGUGUCUAUGGUGGAGCAUCGACAAUCAAAGCACGUUUACUACCAGUUCUUAGUGUUGAAGCAUCCUAUCUCAAUGGUUUGCUAAGUAAUACUGGUACGGAUUUAUAUCCGUUGGCUUGGUGGCGCUAUCCAUAUUCACAUCUUCGUACAGAUGCUGAGUUUCUCUCAUUGGCUAAUGAAUAUGAAGGCAAUCUAAGUGAACUUGAACUCGACCUACGUCAUGCCAACGUUGACAAUGCUCGGCUCGAGGCUGAACUGGAACAAACGCGGGCUGAACUUAUUGAUGAACGUUAUAAAGCAACAGAUGAGAAGAUUUUUACCGAAACUGAAUUGGCUAAUUUACGAUCACGAUUAAGUGAUGCCGAAUUUCGACUUUCACUCGAACGUUAUAAACCACGAUCGGCUGUUGUUGAUAAUUAUGAACGAGAAAUUCGUCGUCUACGUGAUGAUAUUGAAUUCGCUCAAACACGUUCACGAGCUCGCUCUCUUUCGCCUGUUCAUAGUUAUGUACGACGACGGUCUCUAUCACCAGCACGUUCAUUAAUUUCAUUGUCAUCAUCAUCGGAUGAAUCAUUACAAAAACUUCGUGAAAAUACACUAAUUCAACGUUUUAAUGAUUUAUAUGCAAGAGAACGUCUUGAUGCUAUGGAUAUACUUCGAUCAGUAUCCGAUGAUUAUGAAAUGAAUCAACGUAUAUGUUUCAAUAUCAUUCAAGAAUCUUUUUCAGUAUCAAAACGACGUUUUGUUGAAUGGAAAUUACGUCUUCGUUCUCAAUUGGCUAUUACAGUACGAGGUAGUGAUUCACUUGAAGAUGUUGUUCAAGAUUAUAUUAAUCGAAAUCUGGAUUAUUUUGAAUUAACAAAUAUUGUAUCGGAAGUGACUGAUAAUUUACAUCGUAAUCCUCGAAUAAGUUUACCGCUUGGUGUAACUUAUUCUUUGGUUAGUACAUAUAUACGAGAAGCAUGUCGUAUUGCUUGGCAUAUGGCAUGUCUUGUCUAUCCAUUGGACAUUGCAUUUGCAAGCGAUGCCGAAGUAUUUGAUGAAACUAAAUAUCGACGCAGCUACGAUUCGGAAUAUUCGGCACCAUUGGUUAAUCAUCAUAUAUGGCCAGCAUUAAUGCAAGGGUCACGAGUUAUUGUUAAGGGCGAAGCAUGUACAAAACGGGGCGCUUCAUUGGGUCGUUCUCGAGCAUCGAGUCCAGUUCGUCGAGGCUAUUCCAGCCCUAUUCGAAGUCGUUCGGUAAGCCCGGUACGUCGAUCACGUGCGACCAGCCCGAUCCUUUACUCAUCUCUUUAUCGUUAUUACUAA